AUGUUGUCUCAUGUUGCCGACAUGUCAGAUACCGUACGGAUACCGUACAAUACCGCAGCAAUCACGUCCAAAAAUUGGCAAGAUUAUCGUUGUACCACUGAGACACAACUGCCCUUCAUUUCCACUCUCAAUGCGAUGUCUACGGCGACACCUUCUAUAUCAGCCAAGACUCUGCACAAAUACGGAGCGUUCGACAUGGACGAAAACGCAAUAUUUCGAGCAUUUAUCGUUGUAGGCGGACUCGCACUAUUAACAACGAUUUACUGCGUGAUCAAAUGCUGCAGGACCAGAGCCUCCCGAAGCCGAGUGCGGAAGUAUGAUCUGAUGUCGGCAAAAGAUCUGCAAAGAACCGCCUUGGCGGUGGAUUCCGAUUCAGAAGACGAUCUUUUCGAAUCGGCACCAUCAGAUCGAUUGAAACUUGUGCCUCCUAGCAGUUCUUAGCGAAUACCUUUCUGUUAGGUGUCCCGAGGGUAAACUCAAUUUUCAAAUAAACUGAGCUGCUUUUGUUUUCCUAAGAGACUUAAGGUACCAAUCGAUAUAACACAAGCCCUACAAAAUGACCACCAAAGCUCCACCCAAGUCGUAAUAGGAUAAAAUUUGGAGCCAGUCUUAACUACCCUAAAACUCGGAUCUCCUUCCGGAGAAUUGCUACAAACUUCCAACUUGGUCGUUAUAGUAGACAUAUCGUAGUACCCACAAAUGUAUUUGAUGUUUUUCCGACGCUCAAAAGUGAGAAACAAAGACGGUCCGAAAAUGUCUGCCACAAUGCCAUUUUCUCAGGUUUUCAUGUAUCAUCGGCUCCACGAUUCGUGUAGAGGCGGGGUUUUGCCGACUCAAAGCGUGGCGGUUUUUGAUAGCGAGAGAGUACAAAAAACAAUGCUAUGACGUGGAGGUUUAACAAGUUUACCUGUGUUAUCAAGCAAAGUCUGCAAUACACCUUUACACGAAUCGUGGAGACGAUCAUAAUUCUCAAGUUUUUAUUUCUGUUUCUGGUAAUUCCGGUAUUUCUCAGUUGUAAGAGCACAUACGUUAGAGUUUAGAUUACGCUUACUUUUGUAGUAUACAAUGACAUAUAGGGGGGUCUCAGUAUUGAACCCUCAUUUUUCUCGUUUUCUGUGCGCUAUCCAAUGAAGGUAUAUUUGAUUACUAAUUCGUGC